AUGCAGAAUCUUCCAGGGACCCCCUCCACCCGCAGCUGCUCUGGCAACCGGCGAAUCCCAAAACCCCCGCCUCUCACCACCUCCGGCUCUCUCGACACCGCCGAUGACACGCCCGAUAUCAUGACCUCACCCGACACCUACGUUGAUCCCACUCCGGCAACCCCCACUGCCUCCCACCCUCCCUCGAGGGCGCACUCUUCUGCUUCGCGGUACGGCCAUUCACGUACGACGUCCGAAGUGUCGCCCACGAGAUCAGAUGCCGCGUAUGACGACCGCCGGUACAUGAGCGAGGAUGAGCAGGAAAGAGGCUCUCGUUCCGAGAUACAGAGCAUCAUGGAGCAAUUUAGUGAGGAUGGCGGUGGCCCUGGUGCGGAAGAGGUCAUGAGUCCCCGGCUAGAGAUCACCUCGCCUCACUUGGCAAGCCCGCAGCAGCAUCCUCCUAGGAAGUCGAGCCUCGAACCGCUCUCGAACAACCUGGCGGGCCAGCUCGGACUUGGCCGGCCUUCACAUUUCGGGCGAGACCUUCCCCGAAUCCCCUCCUCUAGCCGUCUCACCGAAGAGCCUUCCUCGGCUAGCUCCGAUUUACCCAUGUCUCCCACCAUGUCCCUGCACAGACCGCCGCCGCCGGAGCCAGAGCCGGAGGCUACCCAGCAGUUUGACUUUCACCGCUUCCUCGAGCAGCUUCGGAAUAAAAAGGCCGACCCUGUGGCGAGAUACCUCAAAUCCUUCUUGUCCGAGUUCGCCAAGAAGCAGUGGAUGGUGCAUGAGCAGGUCAAGAUUGUGAGCGACUUCCUCGCCUUCAUCGCGAACAAGAUGGCCCAAUGUGAGGUCUGGCGAACUGUCUCAGAUAGCGAAUUCGACAAUGCCCGCGAGGGUAUGGAGAAGCUCGUCAUGAACCGCCUCUACGCCCAAACUUUCUCGCCCGCUAUCCCGCCGCCCCAACCCAUUCCCAACGCCAAGCCCAAGAGGCGCGGCGGGGAGCGGCCCAUGGGGCCCGGCGCCGCGGCCAGCACCAGGAAGACACGAUUCUUGAGGCUUGCCCAGCAGGAACUCUUAAAAAUCAAGUCGUAUAGGGCUCCUCGUGACAAGAUCAUUUGCGUAUUGAACUGCUGCAAGGUCAUUUUCGGCCUACUCAAAAACGCAAAGUCGGACACCUCGGCCGACUCUUUUAUGCCGCUUUUGAUUUACGUGGUACUUCAGGCAAACCCGGAGCACCUCGUCUCGAACGUGCAGUACAUCCUUCGAUUCCGCAAUCAGGAUAAGCUGGCUGGCGAGGCUGGUUAUUAUCUUUCGUCCUUGAUGGGCGCCGUCCAGUUCAUUGAGAACAUGGACCGUACAACACUGACCAUCACAGAUGACGAAUUUGAGAAGAACGUUGAGGCGGCCGUCUCCGCCAUCGCCGAAAAGCAUCGGCCCCAAUCUCCGGCUACGGCGGAAGCGGGACCUUCUCAAACCUUUUCCGAAAAGAACCACGGAGCGUUGCAGCCUUCCCAGGCGGGAGGACCAUCCACUCGCAGGUCGCUGGAAGAGCCCUCCACCCCGCGCCGCUCCAUAUCCUCCAAUGAGGGGGUACCUGAUACUCCGAGCGAGGAUCAGGCAGCCAUCGCAGGCCUCCUGCGUACCAUACAAAAACCUCUCUCUACAAUCGGACGCAUCUUCUCUGACGAGCCAGUCGCCGCCGCUCCCGCCUCCUCCUCGUCUCCCCUCCAUCACUUAUCCCCCAUAGCGCGUCUCGCACGCCGGCGCCGCCGACUACCACAGACCCGUCACCUCGUCCUAGCGGUGAUCUCCAGCGCCGGGCUGCUGCUGGAGAGCAGCCGCCCUCCCUCCACCAAGGCCACCACCGCGCUCGCAGCUAUCGGCUGA